CCCUCUGUACGGCCCGUAGCGCCGCCGUCACGCCCGCCAUCAUGGAGGGAGCCGGGGCUUCCUCUGAAGCGUUGCGCUACGCCGAGUACGCUAGGGGCCCUACGGGCGCCGGCAAGGGCCAAACCGAACUUGACCGGAGACUGGGAGACGGGAGAUGUCAAAUCCUUCCACGCUGCGUGAGUUCUAUUAGAGCAGGCUCUAAUUUCUGCUGGUUCUGUGGAAGUCUCAGCGAAAAAAGUCACUCUCUCCUGGCGGCUCGUCAUCUGGGAGAAGCUGAGCGAGGACCAGCGUUGGGGUUCACACACUGGGGUUCAGAGAUUAUGAGCAGCAGUAAUUAUGAGCCUCGUAGCAAAAAGGGAAGGAAGUCCAUCCAUGAGGCUCCAGACGCUGAGAUACUACAUUCUUUUACAUACAGCCAUACCUGCUCAUCUAUGGCCAGAUCUAUGAUAGCAGUUGGACUCGGUGUGGCAACUGUUGCAUUUGCAGGUCGUUAUGCAUUCCACCUUUGGAAGCCAUUGGGGCAGGCAAUUACAGAGACAGCAAAAAAGAUUUCAACUUCUAGUCUUUCAUUAUACUAUAAAGGAGGAUUUGAGCAGAAAAUGAGUAGGCGUGAAGCAAGUCUUAUUUUAGGUGUAAGUCCAUCUGCUGACAAGGCCAAAAUCAGAGCAGCCCAUAGAAGAAUCAUGAUCUUGAAUCAUCCUGAUAAAGGUGGAUCACCUUACUUAGCAACAAAAAUAAACGAAGCAAAAGACUUGCUGGAAUCCAGUACCAAAAAUUGAAAUCCUAAGACUUGCGUCGCAGAAAAACAAAACAAAACAAACCAGCAGAAAGCACACACAAAAACACCCCACUUCUUAUGCAUCUUUCUCUGGAAGGUUCAACAGAUACAGUGUGCAACAGCUUUCAUAUGUACUUGUUCUGCACAGUUGGUUAACAGUGCAUUGGAUGUUUAUAUUUAUUGUUGAAAUUAAAGAUUUAAGACUAUUUAAAAGCAAA